AUGGCCUCUUCCCAGAAACCAAAGCUCGAUCCUAUCGGUGCUGCCACUGACAAUCUUCCUUCACCGUUGGUUCCCGAUGAAACCCCAAUUGCAUCAUUGGCAACACCCGAUAUCCCUCUAUCCGCCAAUCCAUGGAACGAUUCGCCUGCAGAGUCAAGUAGCGUUCCUAGUCCAAAGGAGAAGCCUGCUAUUGCGCCCUUGGAUCCAUCACUUUUCGAGCAACCGAUAUUUGCUGGUCUCAACGAUGGCGCUUCAACUCCGGAGCCCAAGCGCGAGGUGACCAAGGAAGUUUUGAGCGAAUUCGACCCACUGGCUAGCCAGGAGGAGAAAGCAGCCAGAGAAGCAUGGGAAACUUCAGAGAGUCACCCACCACCGCCUCCACAGCCACGCACACCAACGCCUCCUGUACCACCACUGAAAGAUCUAUAUAUUACGUCGCCUACAUCACCAGGUCCUCCUACUGCUGACUCUUCCGGAGCAACUGCUAUCACUUCUCCUUCUUCCUUUCCAUCAUUCGCCGCUUUUGCUAAAUCGUUUUCAAUACCUCUCCGCAACCGUCCACUGUCCCUUGACGCUUCAGCGAAAGCCGUACCGUCACCCUCUACCAUUUCGUCAUUUGCAUCUCAGCAGGCUGCCCCGGCAACACAGAGACCGGAUGGAAAGGCAGUUGCAUCUGGAUCUUCAACACCAAACCGAACUGGAAGUGGUUCAGCAUCACCUGUACCCAAGGCAAGCGAUGGGGGAUUUGAUUUCCAGAAGUUCUUGGAUCAAAUGAAGACCAAAAGCGCAGAUCCAGUGUCCAAGUAUCUACGAUCAUUUUUAAGCAACUUUGCCAAACGGACGUUUACUGUGAAUGACCAAAUGAAAAUAAUCAACGAUUUCCUUGUCUUCAUCGCUGCUCAAAUGAGGGAGUGUGAUGUUUGGAGGAAUGCUACUGAAACUGAAUUCGAGAACGCCAUGGAAGGCAUGGAGAAACUCGUCAUGAACCGGUUAUAUGAUUUCACAUUCACUCCGCAAUUGGUUCAUGCCAACCCUCCUCGACCAAUAACAACUGAUGAUCUGGAACGCGAUCGAGUGCUAUCGCAACGUAUAGCGCUUUUUGGCUGGCUAGAAGAAAAGCAUCUAGAUGUCCCAGAAGGGGAAGGCAGCAAAGGUUUCCUCAUGUUUGCAGAGCAAGAACUCCUGAAGAUCAAUCAUUACAAGGCGCCUCGAGAUAAAUUGAUUUGCAUCUUGAACUGCUGCAAGGUAAUCUUUGGUUUGAUCAGACAUUUGCAUAAGGAAGAAGGAGCAGAUUCGUUCGUGCCGAUUCUUAUAUUCGUGGUCUUGAAAGCAAACCCGGAACAUCUGCUAUCGAACGUCGAAUUCAUCAACCGCUUCCGGAAUCCAUCUAAACUACAAAGCGAAGCAGGAUAUUAUCUCUCGAGUCUUAUGGGCGCAGUGUCGUUCAUUGAGUCCAUGGAUCAUACUUCAUUGUCAUGCAUCACCCAAGAAGAGUUUGAAAAAAAUGUCGAGGAAGCUAUCCAAGCGUUGCCACCUUCUGAACCUCAAUCACCCGAGGUGCCGUUUGCAGAGGCUAAAAUGCGGGGCCUAAAUACGCUACCAGCAUCACCUCAUGCAGGAGAAGAAUCAGCGCAACCAUUAGCCAUUUCUACACCGACGCAAACCCUUUCCGAAGACGCCAAACGACUACUGCAAAAGACACAGGUGACAAUUUCAAAGCCACUCAAUGCCAUUGGCCGUAUCUUCACCGAAGCUUUGGACGGAGCAGAAAACAAGCUUUCUUACUUACCAGGUCCGUUCGCUCCAUUUGAACUUGGUCGGGAGGGUCGUACGGAUGGGCCGUCUGGGUCAGGGGCACCCCCUGUUCCACAGUGGUCGCAUCCCAACUCAUGGCAAGAUGGCCCUCAUUCAGCGCAGACACCACAUACACCAUAUGGCGAUGCGCCAUAUAGUGCAGCGAUACAAACCCCUUAUAAACCCAGAGUGAGAAGAAUGCCAUCUUCCCCCGGAAAUUCGCCAGGGUAUGGCCCGGAAGAAACACCGUCGAGGAUGGGCCCGUAUACGCACCACCAGCUGGCAAUGGGCCCCUCACAGCCUGUGUAUCAACAACAGGCUCUGCAAAUACCGCGAGUACAGUCGUUAGCUGACGAGGGAGCGCAUAUCUCACGGACCCCGACGCCAGCGUUGGACUUUGCGGGUGUGCAGGCACAGAUUGAUACGGCGACCGAGAACGCGGCUGCUGCUUCUCGCGACACACUGCGGCAGAUUUUCCCAGCUGUCGACGUAGAAGUAGUGGAGUGGGUGUUGGAGGCCAAUGAAGGAGACCUUGGGAAGAGUAUAGAACAACUCUUAGAUAUCGGUGGUGGGGCGUAA